GGAAGCACCGCCCCUCCGGCACAUUUGAUAUGAUGAUUGAAGCUCUUCCUGACAACUUAGUGAAGGCGGGAGCCAGAGAAGCGGAACUUUUGACAAAGGCUUGUUUAGUUUGGUUUGGGUUGGAUUUACAACGAGUAGCGCCGCUGUUAUUUUACGAUAACUACUUUAAAGCGUCACAUGACACGGUUAAAGUUACCGUAGCUGGAUUUGUUAACCAAUUUCGCUAGCAUACGUUGCUAACUUUGUGUCGGGUUUCCUGCAGUAACCUGACACUGCUAAGCUAACUUUUAUUAACGUCAGUUAUAUUUAGUGAAACGUAUUUAUUGGAAUGGCUGCAAGAAAACCGAAAGAAAAUGAUGCCAGCCUUCCCUUUGCUGCUCUCCAGCUCCUGGCCCCGCCUGUCCGCCUGGUUUCGGCAGCGCUCUGGAAGGUGCUAAAGCAGAGGGAUGUGAUGCAGUAUGGAGUCGUGGAGGAAUUUGUGACUUCAGCCUGUGAGACCGUUCCUGGGCUGCUUACUUUGCGACACCAGGGCAAGCUGGCUCUGGGCCUCAGAGCACGGUUAAUAUUAGAAUUGUGCCUAAAAGACCCAGAUGUUAACGUGAUUGCACCACAUCUGGAGAGGAUCUGUGCUCCUGCUCUUCUUUUAUCUUCAUCUGCCUCUGCUGUGAAGAGGGAUGUGAAGAUUCUGAGAACGGUGGAAAGUUUCCAUUCUUUCGUUGAAACUCUGCUAACAAACCAAGCAGAGAGAGAACUCUUCUUUAAAGAACAGUUUCCCAUAGAUUAUGGCCCAAAGUUUGACCAGGAGCUGGAGAAGCUGUUGUGGGAAUUUUUGAUCCGACUGGACCAGUUGCUCCCGGUUCCCAACCUAGCUCAGACGGUGUCAUGGCUCAGUGAUGCCCCUCCUGUCCUGGAGGAGUGUGCACAAGCAGCCACUCAGCCACAGCUUCUCAAGAUCCUCCUUCAACAUCAGACGUGUCUGGGUCACCUGGAGUCAGCAGCGUCUCUACCCCCAAACAUGGGGGACUCUAUCCUGGCUUCUCUUUCUCUGCCUCCAUCUGGAAAAGUCCCAUCCAAUCAACCAGCGGGAGUCAGCUGGUCGGCUGCUGAGCGGACAAACUGCUCAAAGCCAGGAGACGGUACACCGUUUGUUACACCUGUAAUUAGACUCAUUUCUAAUGACAAUGUUCCAGCCAUGGUCUCUGCCAGGAAAAGAACCUUGCUAGGUGAAAAGGACUCAAAAGAUGCAACAAACGAUCAACAGGAUCCAAGCACAAAUUUCACUUUGGUCAAACUGAAACCAAACCCUGUUGGAGUGGACCAGGAACAGGUGGAGGAGAAGAGGAGGUCCUCAAAUCAAAGUGUUGGAAGGAAACGCAAGCAGCUAGACACAACAGAAAGUGGCUCCGAGGAGGAAGAGAUUUCUGAGAAUGCAUCUGGAGAGAAGAGGAUCAACCGGAACCAGAGAAUCAGAGAGACGGAGGAAGACGGAUCACGAACUGUACAAAACAGUGGUUGCAAUAGAGAACUCCUAAAUAGUUAUAUAAGUAAGCUCGGCUUUGAGAAGCUGCACCUACCUGAAGAUCCGUCCCUCUGCUCUGUUUUUGCUUCCUGCCUCAGCAGCCGUCCCAGAGUUGUUAUCCAGAAACUGUCGGUUGCUUCUGCUAGCACCAGGUUGUCUGGCGGAGGAGGGAAAUCAUUUUACAAAGAGCAACAGAAGCAGAAGAGGAAGUCCUCAACAGGGAAACAAACACCUGAAAGUCCUGGCCUGGAUGAUAAAGAAAACCGGCCUGUAUUAUCCACUGGGAGCAGCUCUUCUUCCCAGCAGAGGAGUCAUGCAGAGAUGGUGGCUGUGUCAGGAGAAGACUACGUAGCAGAUUCUGAGGACGAGGCAUCCAAGAACUUCAAAGGGAGGCUGUUCAUGAAGCGUUACUACAAGACCAAACACGGCACGUAUGUUCCCACCCUGAGGGAGUUCUGGAAACCCGGGAUGACCCGACGGAACCUGCUGUCCGCUGCCAGCAAACGCAGGUGAUGAAAGGGACCUUGUUUACUGCUGGGAAGCUAAAAUGUUACAUGAAGUGUGGAGUUUGGCUGUCUUUUUUUUUUUUUGUAUCUUAUUAUGUAUAAAGAAACUGUAACAACCGUGUGAAAUGCAGCUAUCACUGCAGUUUAGACAGUUUUCAGUUUUAGUUUUGAAGUUGAAGAAGCCAUCAUGGAAAACCACAAAUAUCCCUGUAGAUGUUUUGUUUUUUAUUCAUAUAUAUAUGUUCUCUUGAUUUUCUCUCUCAUUAAAAAUGUAGCACUUGGGAGGUAAUUAGGGCCCUCUAUGUAAUAUUUUCAACGAAUAAAUAUUGGAACAAAU